UUGGAAGCAGUCCUCUCGAAAAUUUUGAGGUGUGAAUAUCAAAUAUAUUAUCUGAACAUAGAAAGAGAAUUUUAUAAUUUAAAUAAUGGCGGUAUUUCUGGACAGUUCCGAGUCAGAGUCAGACGCUGAAUUUGAAGAAACGAUUUUAUUAUUCAACAUGUCAAAGAGAAAAAAAUCAUUUUGGAAAAGCGACUAUAUGAAAAAGAGAAGUACUCACGGGGAAUUUGCACUAUCAUCCGAAUUCUCUGACCCUGCUUAUUUAAAUUAUUUUCGGUUAAGCAGAAAACAAGUUGAUGAAGUACAUAAUUUAAUAGAAAACAGUAUUUAUUCAGAUGGUUGUAAUGCCCAAAAACCAAUAGGAACUAAAGAAAAACUAGCUGUUUUUUUAAGGUAUAUUGGUUCUGGAGAUAGCUAUAGAAGCAUAGCGUACAGCUAUAGAAUGGGGGAUCGAACAGUUGCUAAAAUAGUAAACGAGAUAUCUGUUGCAAUAUGGACCAACAUGCAACCACUGUACUUAGCAAAACCGACUACUGAAAUGUGGAAAGCGAUGUCAUUGGAUUUUGAGAAGAAAUGGCAUUUCCCUCAUUGCGUGGGAGCUGUCGACGGGAAACAUAUCGUAAUUCAAAAACCACCAAAAACUGGCUCCUCAUACUACAAUUAUAAACAACAUUGCUCCAUUGUUUUAAUGGCUACCGUUGAUGCAAAUUAUAAAUUUACUACCAUUGAUGUUGGGUCAAUGGGGAGAUUCAGCGAUGGUAAUAUUUUCUCAAGCAGCCCACUUGGGAAAAGAAUGAUGAGAAAAACUUUGGGUCUUCCACACCCGACUUUAUUCAGUACAGCUGAAGUGCAUUUACCAUACGUUUUUGUGGGCGAUGAAGCAUUUCCGCUAACAGAAAAUUUAAUGCGACCUUAUCCGAGACGAAGCGUUAUUGGUAAUGGUAAUCUUGAAAAUAAAAUAUUUAACUACAGGCUGUCGCGAGCUCGUCAAUGUGUUGAAUGUGCCUUUGGAAUUCUCGCCUCUCGAUUUCGUGUGUUCAGAAAGCCUUUUGAAAUAAAAGUUGAAAGUGUUGUGAAUGUUACAAAAGCAGCCUGUGUCCUGCACAACUACCUAAGAGGCUGUAAAGAAGCCUGUAACCACGUGGAUGGAACCAAUACCGAACUCCCUACAAGCCAGCUACUUUCAUUACGAAACAAUAAUAUCCGAAGUACAUCAAACGCUUUCCUAAUAAGGCAAAACUUUACGCAAUAUUUUAAUACAGAAGGGCAAAUACCUUGGCAAGAAUCAAGCGUUUUACAAGGAAAAUUUUAAUAUUUUAUUUACGCAGAAAAAUCUUGUAGUGGUCUAAGGGGAAAGGUACAAAAUGUCGCCUGUCAAAAUAUUCAAUUUGUUUUAAAUGUAUUGAUUUAUUUCGAAUCCUGCGAAAACUAAUAAGUAUUUUUGAAAAAUUUAAACGCAUAUUGAAAGGAUACGUUAUUACCGAGAGCCGAAAGUCCCUUAGAAUAAAUUUUAUUCUUUCAGCCCUCGGUAAUAACGUAUUAUUUAAUAAUAAGUUUCUUUUGAAUGAAAUAUUUGCAAUGAGAAAUCACACUAAAUGUUCUCUUUGAUUUUCACCUAUGUAACCUAUUAAAAUCAAUUAACAUUAUAGAAGUUUUCAGGGAUUUUCGGCCCUCAGUAAUAAUAUAAUCUUUCAUUCUGCUUUUAAAUUUUUCAAAAAUAUUUAUUAGUUUUCUCAGGAUUCGAAAAAAAUGAAUGCAUUUAAAACACAUUGAACAUUUUGACAGACGACAUUUUGCGCCUAUGCCCUUAAAAAUAACGUAGCUAUGUACUUACUGUUCUGAUAUAAUUAAUAUAAUUAAAAGUAUUUGUUUAA